GAAUAAGUCUGUUCUGGUCCUUUCUCCAAAGCGCGUUUUCGUAAGCAUGAAUCCGGAGAGGGUCGCAUUGCUUAAGCAAUUUGUUGAGUUGCUUAAAGAGAAACCUGAAGUUCUCGACACCCCUGAACUGUCCUUCUUCAAAGACUGGCUUAAAAGUCUUGGGGCUAACGUUCCUGUUUCACAACCUAACCGACCCACUGAAAAUUCAUUUUCAGACGACUCUGGUGCAGAUGAGACCUCAGAAUCGGAAAUAGAGUUUGAUGAUGAGGUGCUGCCAAAGGAACCUGUCCCAGACCUAGAUAUGGGUGACGAUUCGAUAGAAGUAACUGAUGAAUUGAGAGAAAAAGCUGAAGAAAAGAAAUGUGAAGCAAUGGCUAAAAUGUCUGAUGGAGACUUUACUGGGGCCGUUGAUUUGUUCACCGAAGCAAUUAAACUAAACCCCCAGUCCUCACUAUUUCAUGCUCGACGUGCAAGUUGCUUUGUACGAAUGAAAAAGCCGUCCCAUGCUAUUGCAGAUUGUGACAAAGCUAUCUCGCUAAACCCUGAUUCUGCACAACCUUACAAAUGGAGAGGAUUUGCUAAUAAAAUGAUUGGUAAUUGGGAAGCCGCCUAUCGGGAUCUUCAGACAUCUUUGAGGUUAGACUACUCAGAUGAUGCCAAUGAAGCGAUAAAGGAAAUCGAACCAAAGCACAAACGAAUCUUCGAACAUAACAUGAAGUAUGAACGUAAACGACAAGAAAAGCUAGAACGAGAAAAACGCGAGCGAAUUCGAAAAGCACGAGAAGAGCGUGAACGCGCCCAGAGAGAUACAGAAAAACCCGAUUUUGACAUUCCAGGAAGCGGUAACAUUCCAGGCAUGGACAAUAUGUUUUCGCAACUGUUCAAUGAUCCAGAAUUGAUGUCUGCUAUCCAGGACCCUGAAGUGAUGAAGGCAUUCAGCGAAGUAUGCUCAAACCCAGCUGCCAUGGAUAAAUACAAAAACAACCCCAAGGUAAUGAAGGUCAUUGAGAAAAUGAAGAAUAGAUUUGGUGGUGGUGGCGGUGGUGCUAUGCCCGGGGGUAUGCCGUUCGGAAUGGGUGGAGCCGGGUUCAAUAUGCCUAACCAGUCAUGUCCAGAUCUAGACUAGGUAAAGAAACAUUGAUCUCAGUCAUCUGGUGAUUCCAUUUAAAUACAUUUAAUCCCUCGACAUUUUCGUACAUAUAAAUAAAAGCUUCCAGACUGUU